AAAAAGUAGAAAAUCAAAAGGACGAAAAGGUGAAAAGCUUUGAAUUUGGUUACGAUUUACGAUGAUGUCGUUGUCGAUUACUUAUAAAUCGCGUUUGCUAGUCCAUCAUCGACGCUGUGAUUCUGUGUAAAUGUUAUCGCCACCACCAUUGCCGGAAACUGCCCUCACAGCCUCUCCUGAAGGUACGUUCACCGCCUACGAUCCAUACACUGGAAAUGUUGUCGGUCGCUUCAAUGACCACCGGUGUCCUCGUAACGGCAUCUGCAUUCUCGGAAACGACCUAUUCGCCGCCUCUCAUGUCUCGCCGGAGGCUCGGGCAGGCUAUGUCCGAAUCUAUUACUGGUGGUCAACAUCUUGUACACAGAGUGUUCCUCUUCCAGAACCUGUAGCUCCGCUUGUUGCUUCCGUCGACGGAUCGUUUGUAUUUUCCGGCGGAAUUUCAGGUCAGAUCCAUUCGGUAUCCAUACAUUCAGGAGAUGUAAUUAGAUCAUUUCCGGUUCAUGAGAAGCCUGUAUCUUGCCUUGCGAUCAAUAGUGAUGGAUCAUUGAUUCUCUCAGGAAGUGAUGAUGGAACACUUGCUGUUCUUCCGAUUUUCCUGCUUCUAGAUGCUUCGUUUAAUACAGAAUCGAGAUAUUCCAAUUUCACUAGAUUCACCGGACACGAGUCACCGGUGACGGGAUUAACCACCGGCGUUGGAAGAUCCGGUGGAAUUAUGAUCUCUAGUUCUUUGGACUGUACGUGUAAGGUGUGGAGCCUCGUGAACGGGAUCCAUCUACAAACGGUGAGAUUCCCCAACGAGGUGUGGUGCAUGGUGUUGGAUCCGUCGGAGACGGAGUUGUUCGCUGCCGGAGUAGAUGGAAUGAUAUAUAAAAGAAGGCUUAAAGUAGAGACGAGAAAAAAGGUUGCAGAAAGUGGAAAGACGGUGGUGUGGGGAGGGAUGCACGGCGGAGGAGUGGUUGCGAUGGAAAUGCUGAGCUACGGGAGGAUUCUUUUAACGGUUUCUGAAAAUGGUGAAAUUUGUGUAUGGGAGGUGGAGAGUGGUAAGAUGAUACGUGGAUUCGGUGAGAAGAUUGGAGGAGUUAGUGGAGUUGUGGUGGCGAAAGGUGGUGGUGGUUUUGGAAAGAGAUGGGUUGGAAGUGGGGAAUGCGGUGGUUAUGGCGGAGGGAAGGAGUUGGGUAAGGCGGUGAAGGAGGUGGCGGAAAUAGAGAAAGUGUUGAAAGGGGCGGUGGAUGACCGGAGCAGGGCGAUUAGUAAACUUGAGUCAGCAAUUGAGAUUAACGACAAGAUGCUGAAACUCAUGCUCCGGGAGGCCAAAGCAAUUGCCAAAUAUAACGACUCCAAUAAUAAUUAGAAUUUGUAUCCAUUAUUUUAAUGAAUUUAUAAUGGAUUAAAUAGGAGUAUACUUUUGGGUUAUAUGAUGUUAUAUGCCAUGAUUAGACAUAAGUUCAUCUCCAAUACAUUGAACUUAUAUGAGUUCAAUGUAUUCACACAUAUACAUUCUAUCAAAGUUUUAAAAUCGAUUUUUUAGUUGAACCGGUAUUGUUACCGGUUUAAUCGGUUCGAUCGCCGAGUGAAUCGGUUUCUAUA